AUGGCGGGCGGCUUCGUGCAGUAUCAUGAACCAAGCAUCGUUCAAAUCCUAGUGAUCAUCUCUUUCUUCUUCUUCCUAUCGCUGGCUGAAUGGCUAUCGGCGAAGGUUAUCCGUGCCGGCAUCAUCGGCCAGAUCGCGGUCGGCAUCAUUUAUGGAAAGCCGCUGGCUGACAUUCUUGAGCUCGAGUGGCAGCAUACUUUUAUCGCUCUGGGAUAUGUCGGGUUGAUCUUGAUUAUUUUCGAAGGUGGCCUUGGUGCACGCAUUGAUCUCCUCAAACAGAACUUCUCCCUUAGUAUGAUCGGGGCUGCCACGGGCGUCUGCUUCCCGAUCGGUCUCUCGUAUCUGCUGCUCUACCUGGGAUUCGACUAUGGAGCCGUUGAGACCUUCAUUAUUGGUGCGGCCCUGUCUGCUACUUCUUUGGGAACUACGUUCGCCGUGAUUGCUUCAGCAUCACGCACCGUCGACCUUAGCCAGACCCGCGUCGGCUCUGUUCUCGUUAGCGCGGCCGUCAUCGACGACGUUGUCGGUCUCGUCAUGUCAAGUGUAAUAUCCGACCUAGGCAGCCUCAGCUCAGGCUCAUCCGUAAACCUAGGCUGGCUCAUCGGCCGUCCAAUCGUCGCCUCAAUCGCAAUGGCCAUUUUAACUCCGAUUGUCACAAAAUACCUCUUUGCUCCGCUCUUCCGCAGCAACAUCGAGCACCACUUUGCGCGGUACGACCACAUCUCCAACAUCGUCCUCAUGAUCCUCGUGCUAUGCGCAUUUAUCUCCAUCGCCGCAUACGCGGGGACAUCGGUCCUGUUCGGGGCCUUUCUUGCCGGGACAUUUCUAUCGUAUAUCCCCAGCAAGCACCCCGAGGCCCCUUUUGUCGUAGCCAGUCGCGAGGAGGGCGAGCGUGAGGCUGAUAAGAGCCCAACUGUGGGCUUUGCUAUCCCAUUUGUGCAGCUGUGGACGGGCAAGAGAAUUUGGCGCGGGGUGGUAUUCACACUGCUCAUGGUUUUCGCGAAGUUCGUCGUUGGAAUCUGGAUCCCCAUCUGGCAAGUCCUAUUCCCCACCAAGUUUAACAAUCGAAACCAGGCGUCAUCUUCCAGCAACAAGAGAGCCAAGAAACCACAAGACGAAGAAUCCAACAAUUCCGAACCCACCAGCACACACAACAACACUGGUCCUUCAGUGUCCCAAGAAAAACAACGCCCCAGGCCACCAAACCUCUCGUCGAAACCAAGGAGCACAACCUGGCUCUCCGCCCUCCUCCUGGGCUCGGCAAUGGUCGCGCGCGGCGAAAUCGGCCUUUUAAUUAUCCAGAUUGGGUACAAUGAGACGUCAUAUGUUACGGAAGAUGGUUUCAUCACGGGCGUGUGGGCGAUUCUUCUGAAUACGAUCAUUGGACCGGUGACUGUGGGAUUGCUUGUCAAGGCGUAUGGGAAGAGGAUCGGGGAGGGAGAGUGGGGGUUGCAGAGGGCUGAAGCUGUUGGUGGCGCCCGUAGUGAUAAUCGUGCAGAGGGGACUGAGUCUGCCGCCUGA